AUGAAAUCAUUACUGUGUGUUACUGUUUUAUACAUAGUUUCAUCAGUCCGAAGCGAAGAAACCAUCGUCGUUACGGAUGAUGUGGCCGUGUCCGAGUUGUUCUCGUUUCGCGUAGAACCUCGCCUUUUCAACUGGACCUACGAAGGUCUUAGCGAACAGUUUCAAUACAGGACGUCUCUAGCAAAUAAACCAGAUUUGCCCGCAUGGGUCCGCUACAUGUACAGCACGGAGUACCAUUCCGGCUUUCUGUACGGCACACCACCGGUCAAAACCUCCGACUCCAAAGUGCCCAUCGAAAUAAUUGCCCUCAAUCGCCUGACGUACGAGACGAAGCGGAUGGUGCUCCUUCUAUCGGUGCAUCGGAAGAAACCGGCCAAAAACUCGAUCCAGAUGAAGAUAGACAACCUCAACUGGGUGCACAUGAUGGAUCCGGGACGUAUAGAAAACCUUAAAAACAUCUUCCGCAACGACCUGUGGCCAGAGAGCCGCCCCGAUUUACAUGUCGUGUUUAUGGAUUCAGCCGUUAAGCUUGGCGCGAGACUUCCGCUUCGUCCUCAGCAACGCGAAGGGGUUGUCGUUCAUCUCGGCAGCAAUGCGGACUUCUCCGACAGGAUGCUGGAUCUCCACAAGGAAGUGAAACCGCUUUACAAAAUACCUUCCUGCACCUACAAACGCACCUCCGUUCAGACGACCUUUGAGAAUUCGGGAUUCAAACUAGAUUGGUGUGCCUUCCGCUUGACGGCUACCGAGGACGAUAUUACCGCGUUGCCCCACCAUCCUGUAGAUAACUUGAAGCACGGCGGCGGCCGUAAGGAUGUUCACGGACAGCACAUGAUGAAAUGGGACGCGCCGCACAAGUCGGAACUCCCGGAACGUAACUACAGCGACGAGGUGGCCAUAUCCUUCGCUAUUCCGGGCAUGAUUUUCGCCCUACUUCUCUGCGGACUGACCAUCAUUCUUUGCUUCCAGCACGAAAAACUCCAGGAUGACGAUUCUGAGUAUUAUUUCAAUUAUGUUUUCUUCAUUUGUGCUGAUUUCGUUAGGAUGCAGAAAAGUUCCAAACACGAGUACAGCAUGGCAGCGUCGAACGUCCAAAUGGUGCAAUACUCACCGGACGAUAUUCAAUCGACCAUCAAGCUGAAAAGCAUCCGUGACGCACCGUUCGACGACAACCUUUCGAUAAGCCCAACGGACAGUUUUUAUCGGGAGGGAAGUCCCCACAUCGGUAACAUGUACAUGCGGCCGAAGCCACCGCCCUACAAGCUGACCGGGAACAGCAAAUCCCCGGCACCAGUUCAGCGCAAUGGAGGAAUUGAAAUAUGACAAUCGGAGCCAAGAAUAUUAUUUUGUUAGAUUCUCAAGUGUGUUUGGUGAACAAGAUC